AUGUUUAGGGCAUCUGAACAAGAGUUGUGGGAGGGAAAUCCAGGAGGACAUUCUCAGUUAUCUGCUGUUGCUAGACUUAUGAAUUUGAAAGUAGAAUUUCAUUUUUCAAAAAGGUUAUAUGAUGAACUUUAUAAGUUUUUAUCAGAGAAAGGAUGUAUGUUAUUUAGAAAUGAUGAUGUUGGCCUUACUAGCUGUAAGGUUUAUGGUCAUCCUCGAUUUAAGAAGCAAGGACGUGGUUCCAAUAAGCGGAAAACAAAUAUACCUUAUACUAAGAUGCAUUAUUUUCCGCUAACACCACGUCUACAAAGGCUGUAUGCUUCACAUGCAACAACAAAUCAUAUGAGGUGGCAUGGUGAACAUGAAUGGGAAGAAGAUGGUAUAAUGCGGCAUUGUUCGGAUUCUCUUGCUUGGAAGCAUUUUAAUGAGGAAGAUCUGUUAUUUGCUUCUGAAGUUCGAAAUGUUAGGGCGACAAUAUUCUUCUUGGCCAGUGAUAGUGACAUCGUACAAUUUACCACCCGGCAUGUGCACGAAAGACGAAUACAUGUUCUUGAUGGCGAUCAUUCCGGUCCAAAAAAUCCAAAGGACAAGUUGGAGGUUGGCGCCAACACGUACGAUAUAUCAACCAAGCAAAAUUUUCAAAUGCGAGCUGCCUUUAUAUGGACGGUUAGUUAUUUUCCAGCUUACUCAAUGUUAUCCGGGUGGAGUACAGCUGGAAAGUUAGCUUGUCCUCAUUGCAUGGAUGAUUCAGAUGCUUUCUCAUUGACUACAGGUCGCAAGACAUCGUGGUUUGACAAUCAUCGAAAAUUUCUACCGCCAGAUCAUUCAUUUAGAAGAAACAAGAAGUGGUUUAGAAAUGGUAAGGUAGUACUCGGAAUUAAUCCUGAUAUGUUAUCUAGCUCAGAAAUACUUGAUCAAAUAGAGUAUCUUGGCCUAAAAAAAAGCAACAGAGUGAUGAAUGUAUCGGGAAAAACAAAGGAUAAUACAAAAUCUAGAGAAGACUUGAAGGAGUUUUGUUGUCGUCCAGAGCUGCACAAAGAUGAAAAUUCUGGAAAAUAUCCAAAGGCUUCUUCCACACUUUACAAAAAAGGGAAGGAGGAAUUGUGUAAUUGGAGGCUAAUUCCAAUUGUUUUUCGUGAAUUGUUGCCUGCCAAUGUAUGGCAAGUAUUGACAGAACUGAGCCUUUUCUUUAAAAGUCUAACAUCUACUGUCAUUAGAAGGGAAGAAAUGAUACGUUUAGAGCAAGAGAUUCCAAUAAUCUUGUGUAAGCUUGAGCGUAUCUUUCCUCCAAGCUUCUUCGACUCGAUGGAGCAUCUUCCUAUUCAUUUGCCGCACGAAGCACGAAUAGCUGGCCCAGUCCAAUAUCGAUGGAUGUACCCUUUUGAGAGGUAUCUUCGUAGGCUGAAAAAUAAUGUGGCUAAUAAAUCUCAAGUCGAAGGUUCGAUUACUAAUGCGUAUUUGGUUGAAGAAACUGCUUCGUUUUUUGCACACUAUUUCAAGCCUGCUAUUCAUACAAGGCAUAAGAGAGUGUCACAUAAUGAUGAUGGUGGAGUUGAUAUUAUAUAUGAAGAUGAAUUGAGAUUCAGUAACCCAAAUAUAUCCAGCAUUGAGGUUGAGUUGAAACUGGAAAAUGAUUUUGCAAAAUGGUUUGAGAAAUAUGCACAUAAGGAGUUAUCAAACAUUACAAACCCAAUUAUGCAAGACUUCGCGAAAGUCCCGUUGCAUAAGGCGAAAUGCUACUCCGGAUACUAUGUCAAUGGAUAUAAAUUUCAUACGGAAGAACAUGGUUCAAGCAGAUUAACCAUGAACAGUGGAGUAUGCAUUAGGGGAUCAAAUAGUAGCACCGAUGAAUUUGACUAUUAUGGUAAAUUGGUUGAGACGUUAGAGUUGGAUUAUCCGGCUUCACCGAUAAAAAAGAUCGUCCUUUUUAAGUGCUCUUGGUUUGAUCCGACUCCAAGACUAGGAACAAGAGUACAUCCACAACUUAAACUAGUCGAUGUUAAUUGUCGUAGGGUUUUCAAUAAAUAUGAGCCAUUCAUUAUGGCUUUUCAAGAAGAACAAGUACAUUAUCUAAGAUAUCCUACUUCAAUGAGAAGUGACUGGCUAGCUGUUUGUAAAAUUAAACCAAGGUUCGUUGUGGAGAUACCAGAUAGAAGCAACAUAUCAGUGUCACCAACAGUGUUGGCAUAUCAAGAGGAUUCGAUUGAACAUCAUGAAGUGCAUAGCCAAGUGGAUAAGCAGACUUUGACGAUGACGACAAUGAUGGGGAAGAGGAGGAGGACGAGGAUGAGGAGGAGGAGGAGGAUGAUUAAUAACAUUAAUUCAGAUCUGCGGAUGGUUAAAGCUUCCUCUCUCAGCCCAAAUUUGCAAGGAUUUUAUGUCAGAUUGAAGAAGCACUUGAAGCAACUUGCCAUUGAUUCUCACAGCAAAAACUUGGCUUUUGGUGGUAUAUGA